CCCUUUCCCUCCAACCCAAAGGCUUACUUUGAAGGAAGUCUUUGUAAAUGGGAAACCUAAUAUUGAUGUCUUGAAGAACCAUUUGGUGAAGGAAGGGCGAGUAGAAGAGGAAGUAGCCUUAAAGAUAAUCAAUGAUGGGACUGCUAUCCUGAGACAAGAGAAGACUAUGAUAGAAGUAGAAGCUCCAAUCACGGUGUGUGGUGACAUUCAUGGACAAUUCUUUGACCUGAUGAAGUUGUUUGAAGUUGGAGGAUCACCUAAUAACACACGCUACCUCUUUCUGGGUGACUAUGUGGACAGAGGCUAUUUCAGUAUAGAGUGUGUACUGUUUUUAUGGAGUUUAAAGAUUAAUCAUCCCAAAACACUGUUUCUGCUUCGGGGAAAUCAUGAAUGCAGGCAUCUUACCGAAUAUUUCACCUUCAAACAGGAAUGUCAAAUCAAAUAUUCUGAACAGGUGUAUGAUGCGUGUAUGGAUACAUUUGACUGUCUCCCUCUCGCGGCCCUCUUAAAUCAGCAGUUUCUGUGUGUACAUGGAGGGAUGUCACCUGAAAUUACUUGUUUAGAUGACAUUAGUAAAUUAGACAGGUUUAAAGAACCUCCAGCCUUUGGGCCAGUGUGUGACCUGCUUUGGUCUGAUCCCUUAGAGGACUACGGCAGCGAAAGGACCUUGGAGCACUAUACCCACAACACUGUCCGGGGGUGCUCUUAUUUUUACAGUUACCCUGCAGUUUGUGACUUUUUGCGGAAUAAUAAUUUGUUAUCGAUAAUCAGAGCCCAUGAAGCCCAAGAUGCUGGGUAUCGAAUGUACAGGAAGAGCCAAACAACAGGCUUUCCAUCACUCAUUACAAUUUUCUCUGCCCCCAAUUACCUAGAUGUCUAUAACAAUAAAGCUGCUGUGUUAAAAUAUGAAAACAAUGUCAUGAAUAUCAGGCAGUUUAACUGUUCUCCACAUCCCUACUGGCUUCCAAACUUUAUGGAUGUUUUCACGUGGUCUUUGCCUUUUGUUGGGGAAAAAGUCACAGAGAUGCUGGUUAACAUUCUCAACAUAUGCUCUGAUGAGGAGUUGAGUUCCGACGAUGAAGCUGAAGGACUCUCUGCAGUUCGAAAGGAGAUCAUCAAGAAUAAAAUCAGGGCCAUUGGGAAGAUGGCACGGGUCUUUUCAGUUCUUCGGGAAGAAAGUGAGAGUGUGCUGACUCUCAAGGGCCUGACUCCUACAGGGACACUCCCUCUGGGUGUCCUCUCAGGGGGAAAGCAGACUAUUGAGACAGCCACAGUAGAAGCGGUAGAGGCCCAGGAAGCCAUCAGAGGGUUUUCGCAUCAGCACAGGAUCCGGAGUUUUGAUGAAGCCCGAGGUCUGGACCUAAUUAAUGAGCGGAUGCCACCCCGAAAAGAUAGCCAAGGGAAGUUGGCAACCCCCGUACAAUCUAAUACUUCGCACAGGAGCGAGAAGGGAAAAGCCAGCCAUGACUCAGAGCCCAGCGGUGGCACAGGUGGACCCAAAACUUAAGAGCAAAUUGUAUUUAUUUAUUUAUUAUUGGAAAACAAAACAAAGCAACUUAAACCUGGAGGUGCAUUCAUAAUAUACACUCUGCAUUUAUUCUGGAAGAAAGGUGACCAUUUUAUAAAUUCUUCUAAUUUAUGUCUAACAUAAAUAUAAGCAGCGCAUCUGUUUUGUUUUCCCUUUUCUUCUUAAUUUUUAGGAACUGAUCUGCUUGACUGAUACAUAUGUGAGGUUUUGUGCUAUAAGAGGCACCUUCUCCUAAUAAAAGGGCCUUGGAAACCUCCACCCUGGGUUUCUGACUUGAA